UGACGGCUGCCGCGGGAGUGGAGGCUUCCCUAGUUCCCCAGGAGAGGUGGGAGACUCGGCACGAAGAGGGCACCAGAUCUCAUUACAGAUGGUUAUGAGCCAUCAUUUGGCUGCUGGGAAUUGAACUCAGGCCUUCUGGAAGAGCAGCCAGUGCGCCCAACCUCUGAGCCACCUCUCCAGCCCUAAAAGGGACAUGUUUAAUACGUCAUCAUUGAAUAAAUGUAUGAAAGUUCCUUGCCAAGCAUUCUUCGUUGGGACCUUCUUUUUUCUGCUUACUGAAUAAUUUUUUCAGAAGUUCCUUUUUUUUUUUUUUUGGUGCCAUGUUCUGUGGCCUACAUCAAAAGAGGAGUUUGUCUUCAUGAAGAUUCCUAACAUUGGUAAUGUGAUGAAUAAAUUUGAGAUCCUUGGGGUUGUAGGUGAAGGAGCCUAUGGAGUUGUGCUUAAAUGCAGACACAAGGAAACACAUGAAAUUGUGGCCAUCAAGAAAUUCAAGGACAGUGAAGAAAAUGAAGAAGUCAAGGAAACGACUUUACGAGAGCUUAAAAUGCUUCGCACUCUCAAGCAGGAAAACAUCGUGGAGCUGAAGGAAGCCUUUCGCCGGAGAGGGAAGCUGUACCUGGUGUUUGAAUAUGUUGAGAAAAAUAUGCUUGAAUUGCUGGAAGAAAUGCCAAAUGGAGUUCCACCUGAAAAAGUGAAAAGCUACAUCUACCAACUAAUUAAAGCUAUUCACUGGUGCCACAAGAAUGACAUUGUCCAUAGAGAUAUAAAGCCUGAAAAUCUCUUAAUCAGCCACAAUGAUGUCCUGAAACUAUGUGACUUUGGUUUUGCUCGAAAUCUCUCAGAGGGCAAUAAUGCGAAUUACACCGAGUAUGUGGCUACAAGGUGGUACCGGUCGCCAGAGCUAUUACUUGGAGCUCCCUAUGGCAAGUCCGUAGACAUGUGGUCAGUGGGCUGUAUUCUUGGGGAGCUUAGUGAUGGACAGCCCUUAUUUCCUGGAGAAAGUGAAAUUGACCAACUCUUUACUAUUCAGAAGGUGCUAGGACCACUUCCAUCUGAGCAGAUGAAGCUCUUCUACAGUAAUCCUCGUUUCCAUGGGCUCCGGUUUCCGGCUGUUAACCAUCCUCAGUCAUUAGAGAGAAGGUACCUUGGAAUCUUAAAUAGUGUUUUACUUGACCUCAUGAAGAAUUUACUGAAGUUGGACCCAGCUGACAGAUAUUUGACAGAGCAGUGUUUGAAUCACCCUACAUUUCAAACCCAGAGACUUUUGGAUCGGUCUCCUUCAAGGUCAACGAAAAGGAAACCUUACCACGUGGAAAGCAGCACGCUGUCUAAUAGAAACCAAUCCAGCAAGGGUGCCGCUUUACAGACUCACCACAGAUCCAACAGCAAAGACAUUCAGAACCUGGGUGUGGGUCUGCCCCGGGCUGAUGAAGGCCUUCCCGCAAAUGAAAGCUUCCUGAAUGGAAACCUUGCUGGAGCUACUCUCAGCCCAAUGCAUACCAAGACCUACCAAGCAAGCACCCAGCCUGGAUCUUCCAGCAAAGAUCUCACAAACAACAACAUACCACACCUUCUCAGCCCAAAAGAAGCCAAGUCCAAAACAGAGUUUGACUUCAGUAUCGACCCAAAGCCUUCAGAAGGUCCAGGCACUAAGUACCUCAAGUCCACCAGCAGAUCUCAACAGAACAGGCACUCGUUCAUGGAAAGCUCCCAGAGCAAAGCAGGGACGCUGCAGCCUAGUGAGAAGCAAAGUCGGCACAGCUAUAUCGACACCAUUCCCCAGUCCUCCAGGAGUCCAUCUUACAGAACGAAGGCCAAAAGCCAUGGGGCGUUGAGUGACUCCAAGUCUGUGAGCAACCUUUCAGAAGCCAGAGCCCAAAUCACUGAGACUAAUACCAGUAGAUACUUCCCAUCCAGUUGCUUGGACUUGAACUCUCCCACCAGCCCAACCCCCACCAGGCACAGUGACACGAGAACUUUGCUCAGCCCUUCCGCGAGAAAUAACCGAAACGAGGGCACUCUGGACUCACGCCGAACUACUACCAGACACUCAAAAACCAUGGAAGAGUUGAAGCUGCCUGAACACAUGGACAGCAGCCAUUCGCACUCGCUGUCUGCGCCUCAUGAGUCAUUUUCUUACGGGCUAGGCUACACCAGCCCCUUCUCCUCUCAGCAGCGCCCCCACAGGCACUCCAUGUACGUGACCCGGGACAAAGUUCGAGCUAAAGGCCUUGAAGGAAGCCUGAGCAUAGGGCAAGGCAUGGCGGCGAGAGCGAACAGCUUGCAGCUCUUAUCACCCCAGCCUGGAGAACAGCUCCCUCCAGAGAUGACUGUGACGAGACCUUCUGUUAAAGAGUCCUCCAGAGAAGGCACCACUUCAUUCCACGCCCGUCAGAAGUCUGAGGGUGGAGUAUACCAUGACCCCCACUCUGAUGAUGGCGCGGCUCCCAAAGAAAAUCGGCAUCUGUACAAUGAUCCUGUCCCAAGGAGAGUUGGUAGCUUCUAUAGAGUGCCCUCUCCACGACCAGACAAUUCUUUCCAUGAAAAUAAUGUGUCCACCCGGGUUUCUUCUUUGCCAUCUGACAGCAGUUCUGGUACCAAUCAUUCAAAAAGACAGCCAGGAUUUGAUCCAUGGAAAAGCCCUGAAAAUAUUAGUCAUUCUGACCAGCUCAAAGAAAAGGAGAAGCAAGGCUUUUUCAGGUCAAUGAAAAAGAAAAAGAAGAAAUCUCAAACAACAGACUCCACCAACGGGGAGAAUCCAAGCAUCAAGAAAUCCCUCUUUCCUCUUUUUAAUUCAAAGAAUCAUUUAAAGCAUAGUUCUUCUUUGAAAAAGCUUCCUGUAGUCACUCCACCCAUGGUACCCAACACUGAUGGUCCCGAUCUUCUGACUCUCCAGAAAGCCAUUCAUUCUUCUAGCACUGCAAGCAGCAGACCAAAGGAGUGGCGCCCUGAGAAGCUGGCGGAUCUGCAGACCCAGAGCCAGCCACUCAAAUCCCUUCGCAAGCUGCUGCAUCUCUCGUCGUCGACCAAUCACCCGGCUUCUUCAGAUCCUCGUUUCCAGCCCUUAACAGCUCAACAAACCAAAAAUUCCUUCUCAGAAAUUCGGAUUCACCCCCUGAGCCAGGCCUCUGGUGGGAGCAGCAACAUCCGGCCGGAGCCUACACCAAAGGGCAGGCCAGCCCUUCAGCUGCCAGAAAAAAAUAAAAUUGUCCUAGUCUGUAAGCUGGAUUUGUGGGGCCAGCAGAACCGGCAGAGUGGAACCACUUUCAUGUCGAAGGCCCUUCGUUUCUCACAAGGGUAAGCUCUCUCCACCCCCUUCGAUCCUCGGUCCAAUUGAUCCUCCUUGGGAAUCUGAAAUCAGUCUCCGUGUUGUAUGCAGAUUAGAAGUUGCCUUGUUUGCUGCUCUUCCCAGGCAGAGUAUCAGGGAGAAAGAGGCCUUAUCUGUCCCUCCUCCGUGUCCCCUCCUGUUUGGCAGACCCGCUGAGAAUCCCUCAGGAUUUCCGUUCCCAGAAGGCUGCUGUGAGUCAUUUCAGGCAUAGACAAGCUGGUCCUAGUGCUGUGCUUCAGGGCUCAUCCGAAGAAACCCAGGAAUCGAAAUGCUAGAUGCCUUGACUUUUGUCCCUGUUUGGGGAUUAAAGUGUUUCUUGCCAGAAUCAUCAAAAGCUCUGGUUUAAAUUCAGUGGAGUUUCAUGAGAAAGACGAUGCUUUUCCUUCUGGAGAAUGUGUAUUCUCCAUACUGGCUUCGAGUUUCCAAGAGUGGAAAGUAAAGCUCGCAGAAAAUCCAUGUUCCCUAGGGGUGAUCAGUGGGUUCUAGUCACCGGUCUCUCUCCCUCUCCUUGUUUACUCUGGUCAGUGAUGGGGUGGCCUCGGGGAGGAGCGGCCAUGUGGCCAUAGGAAGAAGUCAAUUCUUACUGUAAACUUGCAUUGAUGAACAGAGACAAUUAAGCCAAACAAAAUAGUUAACCCAGAGUUCAAUCUCCAAGAAUUGCUUUGUGCCAUUCUGAAUUCAGGUAGUUAUUCUGUAUAUACUUAGACAAUUAUCAGAACUUCUUCAAUCUUUACUAAGUUUGAAGGGGGUAAUCUGGGAAGGCACAGGACAGGGUGACAUUGAAACCCCUGUUCAUUCUUAAAAACAAAAAUAGGGAUAAGCCAGAGGGAUAUGCCAUCCGAUGUGUGGUAGAUAAUCAGUGGACAUUCUUAAUUGCACAGACUUUAUAAACCAUUAUAUAAAGUGUAUUCCAUACUUUUUACUGUGGCAAGGGUGUGAUGUGGUUGUUAAUCUUUUUAAUUUUUGAAUCCAAACUGAAUUUAAAGUGUUGAAUACUUAAAAUUCCUCACAAGCUAAUUACGAAGCAUUUGUAAAGUGUUUCUAUAACUCUUUGUAUCAUGUGUUGGUACAUCUUAUCAAGUUUUUUCUGGCAUGUAUUCCAUUCUAAACUUCUGUAAAAUUUCUAUUGUUGCUGUACAAUAUUCUACAAAUAUCUACUCCGUGGUAAGCUUCAUUAACAGCAUGAAAUGGUUAAUUUUUACUGAGCACAAUGUAUUUUUGAAUGGAUCUUCCCACAUGUCUUUAAUAAAAUGCAGAUUUUGCACUGA